CGCUCGCUCGCUCGGCUCGCUAGUUGCGGACGGUUUCCGAUCAGAGAGCCCACCUUUGCUCAAGCAGUGUAGCCUGUCGAUCUAUUCUCCGCAAUCAUGUCGGAAGUUGAGGAGACGCUGAAGCGCAUCAGCGCGCACAAGGGAGUUGAGGGCAUCCUGAUCAUCGACAAGGACGGCGCGCCCAUCAAGUCGACUCUGGAUAACGCCCUGCGCAACCAGUAUGCCGGGCUUCUCUCGAGGCUUACAGCGCAGGCCAGCCACGUCGUGCGCGAAAUCGAGCCCACCGAUUCAUUGACCUUUAUGCGCAUCCGCUCCAAGAAGCAUGAGAUCAUGGUGGCGCCAGAGAAGGACUACAUUCUCAUCGUCAUCCAGAACCCCAGCGACGCAUAAGUUUAUAGAGCCGAGCUCAACACUUUGCAGUUUCCCUCUCUUCUCUUUUCUUACUUUGACUUUUUUCUCCGCCUUGCCUGAUACCCCACCUUGAUGUGGCAGUUGUGGGUCCUUUUCCUUGAUACCACGCCCUCCCAAGCAAGGAGGGGGAGCAGACAUUGUGGUUCCCCAUUGUAUUUGUGACUGGCGUUUGGCGUGGUUGCCAACGGGUUGCCUGUGGCGCCCGUUUAGGGCAGAUGGUAUUCGCACUCGCAAGUGAAACCAUGCUAUCCCGGCUCGUGUGGCCCAUGCUGUCCCGGCUCGUGUGGCCCAUGCUGUCCCGGCUCGUGUGGCCCAUGCUAUGGUUGUUUUCUUCUUGUCUCACCGCCGGUGGCCUUUGAUGACGCAUUCUGUAAUUGACCGCACACAAUCC